GAUUAUGGGCUAGGCUGAGUUUCUUCCCUCCUUUAAUCUGUUCCACUCAAUCCCCUGGUUUUUUUUCCCAAAUGAUAUCAUAGUCUUUUUCUCUUGCUUCUGUAGUUAGGUGAUAAUCACUCCAAAUUUCCUCUGUGGGAUCUACGCCACUAACAAGAAUUCCUAGUUCCGAUUCUGAAUUAAGGUUAAAUGCAAGUAAUUAUGAAAAGAGUCAGAAUGGCUAAAGUCCAGUGUGAAGUGGGACUUCUGAAAAAGUUCUAAGGACAACAAAAAGGACUUUUCAAGAUAAACUGGUAGUAGACAAAAGAAUGAGCUCUCAGCUCUUCUCCCAAGCUCGCUGCCAGGAUCCUCGGCUGCAGUUGCAUCCCUUAGACAAGAUGGUGAAGGUCAGAGUCAAUGGAUUUGGCCGUAUUGGACACCUGAUGACCAGGGCAGCAUUCAACUCUAAUGGAGUAGAUAUUGUGGCCAUCAAUGACCCCUUCAUUGACCUCAGCUACAUUUACAUGUUCCAGUAUGAUUCCACCCAUGGGAAAUUCAAGGGCACUGUAAAGGCAGAGAAUGGAAAGCUGGUGAUCAAUGGAAAACCCAUUACCAUCUUCCAGGAGAGGGAUCAUAAAUGGGGAGAUGCUGGAGCCGAAUAUAUUGUGGAGUCCACUGGCGGCUUUACCACCAUGGAAAAGACUGGGGAUCACUUGAAGGGUGGAGCCAAGCGGGUCAUUAUCUCUGUUCCUUCUGCUGAUGAUAACUCCCUCAAGAUCAUCAGUAAUGCCUCCUGCACUACCUACUGCUUGGCCCCCUUGGCCAAGAUCAUUCAUGACAACUUCAACACUGUGGAAGGAUUCAUGACCACAGUCCAUGCCAUUGCCGCUACCCAGAAGACAGUAGAUGGCCCCUCUGGCAAGCUGUGGUGUGAUGGGCUUGGGGCUGUCCAAAAUACCAUCCCUGCUUUCACUGGUGCUGCCAAGACUGUGGGCAAGGUCAUACCUGAGCUGAAUGGGAAGUUCACAGGCAUGGCCUUCCAUGUUCCUACUCCCAAUGUGUCCAUGGCGGAUCUGACUUGCCACCUGGAGAAAGUUGCCAAAUAUGAUGACAUUAAGAAGGUGGUGAAGCAAGCUGCAGAGAGAUCCUUAAAGGGCAUCUUGGGCUACAUAGAGGACCAGGUUGUAUCCUGUGACUUUAACAGUGACACCUGCUCUUCUACCUUUGAUGUUGGCACUGGCAUUGAGUUCAAUGACCAUUUUGUCAAGCUCAUUUCUUGGUAUGACAAUGAGUACAGUUACAGCCACUGUGUUGUAGACCUCAUGAUGUACAUGGCCUCCAGGGAGUAAAGUGUAAAGCCAUGGGUCUUCAUCCCCAGCCAAAAAGGAGUACUUCCACCACUGGGGAGCCCACAUCCAUAAUAACCUAUGUCCUCUAUGCUGGGGAUCUCAUGCCCAUUCACAUCCCUGCCCCAAAGCACCCCUGUAGUUGGGGGGAGGAGCAUAGAGUCCUAUCUUGUGUACCAUCAAC